AGGAGGCAAGACAACAUGGCGAUCCAUGUGAAGUAGUUGGCUAAAAGCGAACGAAGAACGUGAUUUAUCGCUUAUACGAUCUAAUUUGAGGCAGCGGAGUCUUUUUUAAAUCUAAUUUAAAACAUUUCAGUCGUAAAUAUGUCUUAAUUUAUGCUCUUAACCAUGGAAGAUCUCAGUAAUCAUGUCAAUCACGCAGGAAAAUGUGGUUGUUCAUCAACAACUUAUGCUCAGUCUCUCUCUGAAAUGGACUUUGAGAGAGGAAUAUGGCAAGCUGCGCUGGAUGGUGAUGUAAAAAGAGUUAGGAAAUUUUUGGACAAGGGAGCAGACCCUAAUUUAAGGGAUGGCUCGGGAUAUACAGCUCUGGUAAAUCGUAUCCUUAAAGCGCCGAUCAAUUCUAAGCUUCAAUGUCCCUCCCCUCCCCUCCUCCCCUUUCGGGGAAACCCACGAGCAUCCAACUGUCGUCAGUGUGCAGAGAUGGGUAGAUUCCACGCCAUAAUAAUAAUAUUAAAAAAUGAUGUUAUUUUCGGUCGUUGGUUAUUGACGAAUCCCAACCCCACCUCCAUGGAGGGUGUCUCAUGAAUGUAGCUCUCACAGUGUUUCCUAUUUGCCUGUCCCCGCAACUGCACCUGCCUAAUCUAGUUGUGAAAUAAAAGUUUAGAAAUGAUCCCCACAGGUGAGCUGCAAUGAAAGAAAGGAAAAAGGCUGAAGAAACUGCCACCUACUUACCUUGCACUACUUGACUGUUUCUGCCAACUCAGCCAGGAAGCUAAGUGUCAGAAGCAAAAGCAAAUUUUGGAGUGUUCUUCAUUUCCAUGAAGGAAAGUUUGAGAAACAUGGGUCACUUAUGCUGUUUAAAACUUUCUGGGUGUCUUUUAUAAAGGAAAUCACAACAGUAUUUUUUUUUUCACUCCAACCAAAGUCAUUGUACCUUGAAAACAGAUAAGAGUUUGGCAAAUAAUUAUUCAUGUGAUUUAUGAGUUAUUUAUCUAUGUCUGUUUUCCUUCUUCACAGCAUUAUGCCAGCCGCAGUGGCCAUGAAGAGGUCUGUCAGUUGCUCUUGGAACAAGGAGCAGAUGUGAAUGCCCAGACAAAGUCGGGCAAAGUAUCAUCACUACACAGAGCAGCAUACUCUGGUCACAUGUCAGUGGUGAACCUGCUUAUCAAAUAUGGUGCUGAUCUAAGACUUUGUGAUAGUGAUGGACAAAUCCCUUUGCACAAGGUGACAAUGAAACUGUUGUGGUUUGAUUUAAUUUAAAAGUGAGUUUCAACAUUUAGGUGCAAUUGCUCAGAUUUCAAGUGUGCUGGGCAGUCAAAGAGGAUGUGAUGUAAUCCUUGGCUAAAGAGAACGAGUCAAUCUCCAAAAUUUCAAUCCUUGGCUAAAGAGAGUGAGUCAAUCUCCAAAAUUUUUUGAGUACUCAAACUGAAAAAUAAUUGUCACGUAGCAAAGAAUAUUCAGACUCCCAUAGGAAGUUGCCUGCUGGCUCAGGUUGGAGAGCACUGGACUUCCCUGCAGAGGGUUGAGGGUUUGAGCCCCAGACCGAACCAACAUUCAGGGUCUUAAUAAAAACAGCUGGGGAGAAAGUGCUGCCUUUGCUCCGACAACUGCAAAUGGUUGGAUGUUCUAGUCUUCUUGGAUAAUUUAUAAGGACAGUAGAGUAUUGAGGGCAUUUGCAAAAAUUUCCCUCCAAUGUAAACUACUCAAUGCACUUUGGCUGUAGUCCCCUUUAAAGUGUUUUAAAACAUAUUUGAGCACUUAUGAUGGAGAAUGCAUCAUAAAAAUGCAUCAUCAUCAUUAGCAUUAUUCCAAUCAGGCCUCAAUUCCAUAAUACAGCCUCUUUAUCAUCAAAAGCAUGCUUAACAUCUUCUUACUCUACCUCCUCAAACAGCAAAGGACCCACACUCCCAGGUGCAUUCCUUGGGACAUGCACUCCCUCUUAAUGUCUUCAAGAUGGCAUAGAGACAUUGGAAACUAACAACAUUUAAAAGGGGAGAAGGGUGAAGAAAUAUCUAAACGUUUUUAGGGAGAAGUGUCCCAACUUAUUAUGUUUGGGAGUGUAGGUUGUAUUUUAGAAUCAACUUCAUAGUACCUCAACUUGCCUUGCUCUCUAUACUGUACAUGGUCUAUUAAAGAUCUGUGAUAAGUAGGACUUCACUUUCUAUCCAAUUAAAUAAAAUAGCUGGUUAGAGAAUCAAAUGCUUAAUAAAUAAGCUUACAGUACUAUGUCUUCCUUUUUCUUAAAUUUCAGGCUGCUGAAAAGUUGCAAAAAGAAGUUGUAAGAUUGUUUGUUGAGUUGGAUUCCAGUCUUAUAAAAGUGAAAGAUAAAAAUGGAAGAUUACCUUCUGACCUGGUAUCCUCAAAAGAACUUGCCAUGUUAAAUAUGCUUUAGCUACAAGAAACAAAAUUGUACUGGUACCCAACUUGUUCUUAAUUAGGUGUAGUCCAUUCUCAAGAUUUGGAACUGCUUUUUCAUGUUGGUUUUCAAUAAGUUUCUUUCCAUUUUUUAGGAUAAUAGACUACAGGUAGUCCCUGCUUUUCAGCAAAGUCAUUCGUGCAGUUAAAAAAAACAGAGCUCUGGGAGUGAUAUGCACAAAAGUAGGACUUUUAUUUGUUUGCCUUUCUCCCAGAGUUCCACUCUGCAUGCUAAAAUCAUUUUUUUUUUUCCUCGUUUUUCUUGGCUUCUGCAAUGGACUUUGCCUAAAAGGAGAGAUUGCUCAUUGUCUAUCGGAAUGAGUGUAUGCACUUUUUACAAUGGUAUUAAAGAAUGUUUUGUAAGGGCUUUAUACCUGUAUAUGCUUUCAUGAUACUGUGACCACCAGACAGGAUGUGGUUGCCUUGUUAUGGUCAAGUCGCCGAUGGUUAACUCGCCAACGUAUAAAAUUGAGUAGCAACGUCGGCGAGUUGGUUUUCAAUAAAGCACAACUUAUUAGAAGUUAAACAUAUAGAAAAGUAAAAGAUCUUUAGUAAAAAAACAUUUUAUUUCUUCCAACAAAGUUUAUAAGGAUCUCAUAGCGAAUAAACCAAGGUAAACAUCGACAAUAACUUUAAAAGCUUCAAACGCGAACGAGUUAUUGAGUGAAAACAACACUGUAAAGACUUGUCAUAUCAAUAGGUCAGAUUUUUUUAAAAAAACUUGGCUUUUUAGACAAGAUCUUUAGUAAAAAAUUUUUAUUUCCAACAAAUUUUAGAGGGUCUCAAGGCGAAUAAAGCAAGUUGAACAUCGCCAAUGACCAAAUAAGCUUUAGAUGCGAACAAGUUGUUGUGUGACAACAAUACUGUAAAGACUCAUCAUGUCUAUUUGUCAGAUUUUUUAAAAUGAACUUGGCUUUCCAUACAAGAUAUCUACUCUAUUUUUUAUGUCGGCGAGUUGGUGUUGGCGAGUUGAACCAUGGGCGUCUUGACUGGAUACCGUCCAGCAACAAGAAGAGCAAUUAAAGAUAAAUUUGUGCCAAUGAGGGUUUGAACCUGUCCUGAGUAGAGUAAAUGUUAAUCAGUUUUAUAGAAUCAUAUUUUUAAUAACACAAAUAUUUCAAAACAUUCUAAUUGCAAAAGAAUCAUGACAGGUAGAAAUCAUGUUAAGCUGGAUUUUGGUACCAAAAUAAAGGGUGUGGUUCUUCAUAGAAUGGGAUCAGGG